AUGUCUCUCAUAAUGGCUUCUAGUGCUGACGCUGCCACCACUAGCUUGCUAAACCCUGCAUCGGAAGAACCUAAUGGGGCUUUGAUUUUCUACUCUGACUUGCUUCGAAAGCAACCAAAAAUGCCCGACGAGUUCGUUUGGCCUUCUGGGGACUUGGUUAGAACGUCCCAACAUGAAGAGCUCAACGAGCCCGUCGUAGACUUGAGUGGGUUCACGAGAGGCGACGAGGCGACCAUAGUCAGUGCGGCUGAGCUUGUGAAGAUGGCCUGCGUGAAGCACGGGUUCUUCCAAGUCACGAACCACGGGGUCGACCCGGAGCUCAUUCGAGCUGCUCAUGAUGAAUUCGACUCCAUUUUCAAGCUUCCCAUCGACCAGAAGCUCAGUGCAAGGAGGAAACCUGGAAGCGCAUGCGGCUACUCAGGUGCUCAUGCAGAUCGCUACUCAUCGAAGUUGCCAUGGAAAGAGAUGUUUUCUUUUCAGUAUCAUCACAAAAACGACGGUUCCGAUUCCGAAAUCGUGGACUACUUUAAGUCCGUCUUAGGAGAAAAAUUCGAAAACACGGGGCGGGUGUAUCAAAAGUACUGUGAAGCAAUGAAGGAACUAUCUUUCAUAAUCAUGGAACUGUUGGCCAUUGGUCUGGGAAUGGAUCGUUUAUAUUAUAGGAAAUUUUUUGAAGAUGGUUCGUCGUUGAUGAGGUGCAACUAUUAUCCACCUUGUCAUAGCUCAAGCCUCACCCUUGGAACUGGCCCUCACACUGACCCCAUCUCAUUGACCAUUCUUCACCAAGACCAAGUUGGAGGUUUAGAGGUUCUUUCAGAAGGCAAAUGGCUCGCUGUUCGUCCUCGACCCGACGCCUUCGUCGUAAACAUAGGCGACACUUUCAUGGCGCUGUCUAAUGGAAGAUACAAGAGCUGCCUGCACAGGGCAUUGGUACACACAGAAAAAGAGAGGAGAUCACUGGUGUACUUCGUGAGCCCAAGAGGCGACAAAACAGUGAGAGCACCAGAAAAUCUGAUGGAAACAGAGAUAGAAGGAAGGAAGUACCCAGACUUCAAAUGGUCAGAUUUGUUUGACUUCACUCAGAAGCAUUACAGAGCUGAUGUUGACACCCUCGAAAGCUUCAUCCUCUGGCUUCGCUCUUCUCAGCAAUCUCCAAACUCGGCAUAGCUUCCUUGUGAAAACUACGUGAUCUCUUCUCGUUCUAGUUGCUCUUUAGAAUUUGCUCGAGUCGCCUGGGUGUCAUGUCAUGGGGGUACGUGCCAGCUAGACUGCGUUGUGCUAGUCUU